AUGUUAAAUAAAACUUAUUCUCAGUUUGAAUGGAUUUCUUAUGAUAAAAUUGAUGAAGUAAUGGAUCGAAUUAAUUCUGUAAAUAGUGCUAAUUGUUUUCAAAAACAACCAAGUGAAUUGGUAUUACCUGAAGAAGCUGUGUAUCAAAAACCGUCAAUUGAAAUGCUUAAAAAAGAUAUUAUUAUGAGAAAUCGAACACAAUUAUUACAUGUACGAAAUAUUGCUCAUCGAAAUGCUCUUUUAUACAGUUAUUUAUUUCAACGUUUAUUCGAUUUUGAAGAACCUGGUUUAACAUAUAUACUUUUACACAAUGCUGCCGAUAUAACUGGUGGUCGAGGUAUGAUAAAUGGUUCAGGAAUCUUUUUUGAUCAAGAUAAAUAUUAUCCACAUUGGUAUAAAAAUUAUUUCAAUAAAACACUUCCAUUAUUUGGUCCGUAUGCUUGGCGAGCAGAUGAUUUCUAUGAUGCAUUUAAUUGGAAACAUGAAUGGACAAAUCAUACUAUUCAAGAAGAAGAUAUUGGUGCAGGUCGUAAUCAUCAUUAUACAUCACGAUAUAAUCGUGCUAAUGAAUGGUAUAGUAAAUGGUUACCUGAUCAAACACGAAAUGAUCAAGGACGAGGUAAACCUGUACAUUCAGUUCAAUUAUUGUUAGCAGAAAGAAUGUAUAAACUUCGUGAUGAACCACAAAACUUUGAAUUUUAUGGACCACCACAUCCCGAAGAUCCACAAGGUCCUACACUUUGGACACGUCCAUAUUUUGAUUGUGGUCGAUCAAAUAAAUGGGUAAUAAGUGCUGUUUCACCUAUUGUUGAUAUAUAUCCACGACAUACAGAAUUUCGACAUUUACAAACUAUGAAAAAUUUAGCAGUUGCUGUAGCAGAAAUUGAUUUUAUUAUGAUGGAUAUAAAUCAAUGUGCUGAAACUAGUGAAACAAAUGCACAAUCGAAUGAUCCACAAUCAAAACAUGCUAAUCUAUUUGCUGCAACAGAUAAAUGUAAACCAACAACACGUUGUGAACCGCUAAUAGGUUUUGGAUUUCGUCGUGGUGGUUAUCAAUGUCUUUGUCAGCCUGGUUAUCGUUAUCCGCCAUAUCAAGAUGGACCAUUUAAAGGUUAUAUUAUCGAAAAAGCAACACAAGAAGAAUAUGUAAAUAAUUUUGAUUGUCUUAAAGUUGAAUUAUAUCAACAAAUUCCACAAAACUUCUACCAAGCUAAUAUUGAAUUAUUUGCAAUGCGUGCACGUCGGUCAAUCGAUAACAAUAAUGAUAAUAUAUCAAAUGAAACAGUCUAUACUGAUUACAAUAAAGAUUCUAUUCCAUCAUUAAUUGAAUCUGUUCCAAAAAUAAAUCUAAUCGCAACAUUAUCAUCUUCAACUUCCUCUUUAUUUAAAUCAUCUGUUGAUCAAUUUGCUUCAUUUUCUAGUAAACUUAUUACAGGUUUUAAUAAUACUACUGAAUCGGAAGAUCAUAUUAAAAAAACUCGUUCAAAACGUUUUGCAUAUGAAUAUCCAACACGUAUUGGAUCGAUAAUGCAAUUAUAUGAUCAUCUUAAUCAUGAUCCAAAUUUAUGUGAAUUAAUGACUGAAGAUGACUUAACUAUGCCAGGUGAUGUUUUAAAUGAUGUUGAUAUUCAAUUCGAAUCUCAAGCACGUUUAGCAUUAACAUUAUCACAUUUUCUAUCAAGUUUCUAUCAAAUUGUUAAUCCUGCUGAAGAUUUUCCAUUACGUAAAGCUGAACUUGAAUUAACUGACGAACAAUUAAUUGGUGAAGUUUUAGCUGCAGCAGGUGGUGAUUAUAAAGUUGUUGGUGUUGGAAUCUAUUUUGAUCGUGGAAAAUUUCCAAAUUAUCGUUUACCUUUUUUCGGACCUUAUGCAUAUCGAUCAGAAAACGAUAUAAGUCGAAAAUAUACCGUUGUUGAUUGGGCAGGUUUACCUGAGGGUUAUGAAAAUGAAAUUUGGUUUCGAACAAUGAAAGCUAGAUGGGGAACCAAUGCUGAUCGUUCAGAAUUAACUGAAUUUUGGCUAAAAUUAUUUAUUCGAUCAGAUUAUAUUGGUAAUGCAUUAGUACAUCAUGAAUCUGGUUUUCCACUUUAUUCUUAUGCACCAGAAUUGAAACAUGGUCAAUGGUUUCCACCAACAUUUCAAUGUAGUAGAAAUUAUACAUUACCACGUCAAUGGAUUGUUACUUAUGCAGUUCCUUUUUUUGGUUUGGAUACACUUGGCAUUAAUCUUGAAUUCAAAGGUGUAGUACGAGUUGAUGCAUAUCUUAACUAUUUGGAUAUAAAUCAAUGUUCAAUGCCUGAGUAUGUACCGAAUGCAUUUAAAGGCAGUGAUCGUUGUGAUUAUCAAAGCACAGUAUGUGAACCGAUAUUUGGUCGAGGUUUUCGUUUAGGUAAAUAUAAAUGUCGGUGUCGACCUGGCUAUGAAUAUCCAUUUAUUGAUCAAAAUGAUUUUUUUAAUGGUGAUGCGAUGGAUACACAGUGGGAACUAUUAAUGAGUAAUAAUUCUCAUAUUUCACGAUUUGAUCAACUUAAAUGUCGUAUUGCUAUGGCUAAUUCAAUAAAAUCAUUAAAUUGGAUUAUUUCAGUAUUAACAGUGUUUUGUACAAUGGUGCUCAAUCAAUAA